ACUUUUUCCCUAUUUAUAAGUGAAAAAAAGCCUUCUUCAGUCUUCAUCAUCAUGCGUGUGCACCAUCCGAUCAGUGGACAUAGCAACACUGAAUAACUACCUAAAGACAAUAGACCGAACUUGCCAAACUCAAACCACCACCAACAUCUAACAACUUACAAAAACCCUAACCCUAUCUCUUACCCCCUCUUCGCUUUUUGGCCGCGUCGCCUCACUUCCAAGACCCACCUUCAACCUUCUCCGGCCGCCGAGGUUUCAAGUCGACAAAGAUGAGUCGAGGAAGCAUAGCGGGACCCAAGGGGAAGAAGAAGGGAGCAACAUUCACGAUCGACUGUUCGAAGCCGGUGGAAGACAAGAUCAUGGAGAUUGCUUCCCUGGAAAAAUUCCUCCAGGAGCGAAUCAAGGUCGGCGGCAAGCCAGGUGCGCUUGGCGACUCUAUCACCGUCACCCGUGACAAGACCAAGAUCACUGUGACUUCCGAUAGUAAUUUCUCCAAGCGGUACCUGAAGUACUUGACAAAAAAAUACCUGAAGAAAAACAAUGUACGUGAUUGGCUUCGGGUGAUUGCCUCCAACAAGGAUCGAAAUGUUUAUGAAUUGAGGUACUUCAACAUUGCUGAGAACGAGGGAGAUGAAGAAGAUUGAAAAUCUGUAUCAAUCUAAAGAGCCAUUUUUACUUUGCCUGCGUAGGUUUGUAGGGCGCUAGAUAUUUUAGAUAUUUAAAUGUUUCCUGUAUGGCAUUUAAUAUGUCAAAUUUUAUGUUUUCUUGCAAUUUUGUUCUCUGGACUUGAGAUUUUGCUUUAUUGCUAGAAUUUGUGUGGGAGAAUUUGAAUUCUGGCAUUUCAGGAUUAUGUGUUUUUGAAUCAUUGUGGUGUUCAACCCUUCAAA